AUUGAUACAUUAAGAUCUUGUCAUCAGAAAGAGUUUCAGAGAUUAUUAGCUGAACAAGCUGUCAAUAAUUCUACAUCUAAAGUAGCAGAGUUACAUAGUAAAUGUGAUGCUCAACAGGUAUUGAUAAGACAUCUAAAAGAACAGAUAUCUAGAAAUGAAGUAGAAGCUGAACAGAUAUCAGUGUUAAAAAUAAGAGAAGCCUCACUCCUAACUCAGGUUGAAAAGUUAAAAGAUGAAUUAGCUGAAGCUAAAAGGCAUUAUACACCGGGAAUGAAACAUUUUAUGUCCAUACAAGAGAAAAUAGAACAUAUGGAGAGAAGACAUUUAAAGAGAGAAGAGGAAUUACAAGAUAUUAUCAAAAAUACUCAAAAUUUAGCUUCCUCAGAACUUGAUAAAGAAAGUGAAAAGUGGAGGAAAAUAGUUGAGGUUAAAAAUAAUGAAAUUGAAAAAUUUCGAACUGAAUUAGAUUCUAUUUUAAAUGUAAUAAGAAUGCUACAGCAACAGGGUGUGGUGUUACCAACUAAAACUUGA